UUGGUUGCAUUCUUGAACACUGAGCUUCUCAUUCGCAAACUGCCAUUCCAGCGUUUGGUACGAAAAAUCGCUGAAGACUUCACGACUGACCUCCGCUUCCAAUCUUCUGCUGUCAUAUCUCUUCAAGAGGCUGCUGAGGCUUACCUUGUCGGUCUUUUCCAAGAUACCAACUUGUGUGCCAUCCACGCCAAGCGUGUUACCAUCAUGCCAAGGGACAUCCCGCCAGACGUUUUCGUGGAGAACGUCCACGUUGUUUCAAUCACUCAGUAUUCGUAUACACUUCGAAGUGUCUUUUCAAUUACGCAUUCACAACCCUAUCGGUAA